AUGAAAAGACUUUUUAGACCACUACUAGAUCAACUGCAUAAGACUUAUGAGAAAUCUACUUUCUACAAGGCUCCUAGGUCAAGAUCAAAGAUACAAAGAAGCUACAAAUAGAUAGACAUCACAAAGGAAUUCGAGAUCAAACAUAAGAGAAGAGAAAAUGAAAAGGUCAAGAAAUUAGAAGAACUUUAUUAGUCUUAUGAUUAAAAAGCUCUUGAAAUGAGAGACAUAGUCUCUAAGCAGGUCCAAACUACUCCUUAAGGAAAUUUAUCAGAUCAAAGCUAGGCCAGUGAAGUAACCUAGUUGGCUUAGUAAGAAGCUUACGACAAGAUUAUAAAAUCUUGUGUGUUAACUGUCAUAAAGUAUCAUUAGAUCAAGCACAACUUAUUCGAGGAGGUUAAUGUACAUCCUGAAAUACUUAAAAAUUUAGAAAUACUCCACUAUCAUACAGAAAAUAAUUUACCUAUUGAAAAAGAAGUAAUUCCAAUAAUUUUCAUCAUUUAGCUAGUUUUUAUGCUUGUGCCUGAGCUAUUCGCUCAUGAAAUUAAUAAACUGGAUGUUGCUGACAGAGAGAGAUUCAAGAAACCCUAGUUAAGCUAUACUAGAGCAGAUGGUGAACAGCUAGAAGUUGACUUGAAAUUCAGAGAACUAAGAUAGAAUGACAAAGAAAAACUGUUUUCUAAGUCAAUGCAAAUGGAGAUGUACAUGUUUGAGUAAACUUCAGAUGUAUACAAGCUGUAUUAUGAUCAAUUAUGCGAUGAGAUUUAUUAAGGUGGACAUGCUAGUCUCUUUGAUUAUCUGAUAUUAUUAGAAGCUAUGGAUGAGGAAAAUCGAAAGGACUGGGAAAAAAGACUUUUGAGCGAAAUACAAGAAUUGAGACUUAUCAACGAAGAUGUAAAAGCUUUAAGAGAGCAUAUAGCUGAAGCUGAAAAUCCAAUAGAAAUACCAGAGUUUAUAAUGGAUCCUCAGAUUAGAGCAGAGGCAGAAUAAUUACUGAAAUUUGCAAAUAAGUACGAGACUUUUGAUAUUAGAGAUACUGCAUUAAUUCCAAUUCCUAAGUAUAGACCCGAUUUUGAUGAGAGGUUGAGAGAAAGUAUGGAUGUAGAAGCUAUGAUUGAAGAAUCAUUACCAGCAAGAAAUCUCAGUGAAAAAGACUAAGAUCUACUUUCCAAAGUAACUAUGAUUGCAUAAGCAGUGAAAGUUGACGCUCCUCCUGUAAUUGGGCAUGAUAUCAAUGAGGAAUAUAUAAUUGAGGAGCAGUUUAGAAAAGAACUGCCAAGUGAUAAGAGAAUACUUGUUGAUGAAGUUUACAAAAUACUCUACUUCAAUAAUCAAGAUCCAGAAAUCGUAUAACUUUUCAAAUUAAUGUAAAUAGUACAACAUACAAUUUUGAAGACAAAAAGAGUAAUUGAUAUGAUGAGUUUUAUCGAUACUGAAUUGCAAAUGAAAAAAAGAAUACUACUUGAUGAUUUGACAAGAGAUAGCUAUGCUAAAUUCCUAGAAAACGAUUUUUCAAGGAGGGUAGUAGAAGAAUAUGGAGAUGAAAUUGGACUAUUUGGUAAUGCUGUGGAAUACUUAGGUGCUGAAGGAGAAAAAAUAUAAUUGGACAACUACUUAAAUGCUAAGGUUGAGCAGAUUAUUGGCGACCAGAAAAUUAUUCAAGAUGUUGACAAGCAAAUCAAAUUAAUUACAGAUGGCUAGCAAAACGAUUUCAGUAAAUCCAAAAACCUAAAGCCAAUAAAUUGA